AUGGACUAUUCGCGGCUGAAAGCUGCCGCUUUGCAAGGCGGCGAGGAGGAGGAGGCCGUCACCGUCGAUACCAGAGCCUUGAUCGACAAGGUUCUUGCCAGAUACUCGGGCGAAUGGACGACGUUGCGAGAGUUAAUCCAGAAUGCCGCCGACGCCCAAGCAACAACCGUCAAGGUUAAAUGGGAGACGUUGCCCUCGACCUCAGUUCCACUCCCCGCCACCACGAACCGAUCCGAACUCCUCAAGCAUGUCAUUGUGAAUCACACACUGCGUCGUCUGGUCGUGGCGAACGAUGGCCAGCCUUUCACCAAGACCGACUGGGGAAGAUUGAAGAGGAUCGCCGAGGGAAACCCCGAUGAAACAAAGAUUGGUGCGUUUGGUGUCGGCUUCUACAGCGUCUUUGCCGACUGCGAAGAACCCUUCGUGAGCUCCGGCAAUGAGGCCAUGGCAUUCUACUGGAAAGGGAAUGCGCUGUUCACCAAGAAGUCCACUCUACCUGAGGACCAGAGCAGCGGCGACACCACCUUCGUUCUCGACUACCGGAAUUCCACUACUCCUUUGCCGAACCUACUGUCCGUUAGCCAGUUUCUCGCAACCAGUUUGACAUUCGUCGCUCUGCAACAUGUCGAGUUCUGGAUCGACGACUACAAGAUUCUGGAUCUUCACAAGAAGACCUCACCUAGUCUCGACGUACCCAUUCCGAGAGAUGUUGAGACGCGGACGCGAGAGGGUCUGAUGCAGGUCAAAUCGGUCGAGCGAACCAGCACUCAGAUCGAUGCAGCCGUUAUGAGUGCCGCUGGCUGGAAACCGAAGGCUGCGGCGGCGACCAAGACAGCCGAUACAUACGGCGUUGGAUCCGAGGUGCCCUCAUUACGGAGCUUCUUCUCGAGGUUGACGUCCUCGGCAUCGCAAGUUACUGUCAAGGGAAAACAGCAGAGAGAAGAGGCAGCCGCUCAGGAGGAGAUCAGUGAGAACGUGACCAAGCUCUCUACUUCCACCAUCUUCUUGCGAGUGACAACCGCCUGGGUCAAGACCAGCGUCUCAACUUCGUUCGCGGCCGAGUUGGAGCGUGCGACGAAGAAACCACCACCCAAGACCACAAAGCUCGCCAUUCUUACCUCGUCCUAUGACGAGACCAUGGCUUCAGAAAGUUCACGCUCCGCUACCAUCUCAAAGUCUGUGGACGUGUUCGCCUCAGUGUUACCUAGCAAGAAACCCGGUGGCCGGAUCUUCAUCGGGUUCCCCACGACGCAAACGACCGGCGCCGGCAUGCAUAUCUCGGCGCAAUCAGUCAUUCCUACGGUUGAGCGUGAGGCCAUUGAUCUCAACGCACGAUGGGUUAGGACAUGGAACAUCGAGAUGCUUCGGGCGGCUGGUAUAAUGACAAGACUUGCUUUCAUUAACGAGAUGAGUGAUCUUGACUCCAAGGUCAAGAAUCUGGUCGGAGCUGCGACAAAGAUUGGCGCGGAAGACCUCGCCAAGCUCUUACCUGAAGCACUUCACAUCCUCAAGACAUUCACUUUCGCUGAUUCUACACCAAGCGGUCAAGUUUCCCAGAUUCUUGAGGAAGCGUUCUGGACGGCCUUCAAGAAGGCUUCUAUCGAGAUAUUUUCCUCCAGAGGUGUUUUGUCUAGUACAAAGGUCCGACUCGGGUCUGACGAGCUCAGCAAGUUCGUCGACACCAUUCCUGUUGUGCCUCGAGAGCUCAUGGAGAAUGCUUUCGUUAGAAAACUGAUGGACUUCGGUCUGCUCAGUCCAAUCACUGUUGACGACGUGCGGAUAGAGCUGGAAACCAAGGCAAUGAAUAAGGAGCAGCUUAUUAACUUCAUUGGUUGGGCCGGCAAAAAGGCGCUCAGCGGAGAACUGGAUCCUCCCAGCAAAGCUCGUCUUCUUGAUGUUGCGGUUGCCACAGUCACUGAAGACGGCAGUGAGCAAGGUGAUAUCAUUGCCCUUGGCUCCAUUACCAAUUACCAGUUAGCGAACAAGAUUCCAGCGAAUCUGCCGAUUCCCCCGAGAACCAUACCUAUGGCCUACACCAACCAUUGCUCUGCUCCUGAGCUGCAGGCCCUUGGUUGGGAGCCUCUGGAAAUUGUGCCAUGGCUGCGUUUCCUGCUAGAGCUCGGCUCGAGCAGGUCUGACGAGCAGAACUUGAAAAAGUCUCCAAAGUUCGCCGUUCAGGUCCUUACGGUGCUGUCCAAAAACUGGGACAACAUUAGCCAAAGCUCCAAGUCAACGAUCAUCACCCUGCUUCAGGCUCAUACUGUCAUGCCGACAAAGACGGGCAUGAAGAAGCCAACCGACUCUUUCUUCCCUAGCGUCAAGCUUUUCGAUGAUCUGCCCAUCAUCCAAGGCUGUCAAAGCUUGAAAGAUAAGUUUCUUUCGGCAAUCGGAGUACGCAAGACGGUCGACCUCGACACUAUCUUUUCUAGAUUGUUGAGCCCCUCGGCCGAGGGUGCGCAGAGGUGGAGUCACAUGGAGCUCAUUAAGUACCUCGCCUCGGUCAAGGACGACAUCCCCGCCGACGACAUGAAGAAGCUUAAGGAUACUCGUUUCUGUCCGGCGGAAGCUGGGGCGAAAGGAAUGGAGCCAUCCAAAGGCACGACUGAGUUGUACAAGGUCUCGGAGCUGUUCGAACCAAAGGAGACACUCAGAACUCUUCGGUUGCCUGUGUUGCAGUGGCCUGGUCCGCCCGGAAGCUACAGGGCCAGCAGUCACGAGGGCCGAUUCCUAGCCAUCCUGGGCUUGCGACCAUACCCCUCUGUCAUCGAGAUGGUCAAUAUGAUGGCGUCCACAGAUGCAGAGCUCAGAGCGUUCGCAAUGACCUACUUCAUCGCAAACCAUCAUCUCAAUGGCUAUGGGGCCUUCAACCUUGCCGAUAGUCGCAAGGCCUUCUUGCCUCUUCAGAAGGACAACAAGCUGGUCACGCCUUCAGCUUGCUUCACCAAUGAGGGUGCUGCGAUUUUGGGCUUCGACAUCCUGAAGAAAGACCUUCAUGUGCAUGCCAACAAGUUUGGGGUAGUUAGGGACCCGCCCAUUACUGAGUGCGUGUCUCGUCUGCUGGCCAAGCCACCCCAGGAUCGGCAAAUGGCCGUCACUCUCUUCGAGUAUUUUGCCCUGCGUAGCAGCGAUCUUGGAGAGGGCAGUUUAUCAAAGUUGCGUGACGCACCCAUUGUUCCCGUAACACGGCAGGCUCGCGACUCAAGCGAGAAGACUGGCUCCUAUGUCACCCAUAUCAGCCCCAAGCGAUGCUACCUGGGCACGUCAGCAACCUACGGCAACAUCUUUGACUUUGUCGACUUCGGGGCUGAUGCGAACACAUUUCUCUUCAAGUGCGGAGCCAAGCAUGAGCCCACCAAGCCAGAGAUAGCACAUCUAGCCUGCACCGAGCCUGCACGACUUCUCAGCAUUCUUCAGAGCCCGGAUAAGUACCUUGCUCUUCUGAAGUCUUUGGCAGAGAACAUGUCGACACUGAAGAAAGACAAAGAGCUGAUUCGCAAGAUGAAGUCAUCUCCAUUCUUACUCGCAGCCAAGGAGAUCCCAUCGCCGCCAUCUAAGGACAAGCUUAUUGACGUGGACGACGACGAUGCUCCUAUCAAGCAGUAUCAGCUGGCUACUGCGAACCGAAUCGUCAUCUUGGACGAUAUCAUCAGCUACCGCUUGUUCAAGGACUACUUGAUCACUGCGCCCGAAGAAGAAGUGCUCGAGGAAUUCUACCAUCAGCUUGGCGCUCAGACUUUGAGCUCGCUUGUGGAAGAGGAAGUAAGAAUCGGACCUCAUGCGGACAAGCAGGACCGGGCAGCUGCUCUGCGAAAGCAUGUUCUCGAGCGGUCCAAGAUCUUCCUUCACGAGUACUCGAACUACAGACGAGAGCAUAUCAAGCAUGAUGCCAAGUGGUUGGAGAAGAGCCUGCGCGUUGAGCUCGUCCGCUCGGUUGCACUCCGUCGUUCACUCAGGGGUCACAGCCAGUCUCACACAGAGAAGAGAUCCGCCGCCAGCGCACAGUCUGGCUCAAGUUGGAUUCUCUACGUCGCAGCUGAAGGGCAGCCGGACAUGUACCAGGUUGGUCAGGCCAUCUGCCAGCUUCUCCUAUCACGGCCGAAUCAGCAGGCAUAUCUGUUCUUCGAGCCCUUCCUGACACUCGACCUCUACGGCCUGAGAGCUCGAGGAUACAACGUUGAUCGUAUCCUUCGUGCCAAGGCUGCUGAGGCAAGAUUUGCUGAGGAGGAGCGUCGCAAGGCGCUGGAAGCUGAGCAGAAGCGGAUCCAAGAGAAAGAGAAAGAAUGGGGUCAGCAAGCCAAAGCUGCUGAGGCUGCUCGACAAGCUGCGAAGACACCGGACCCGAUCAUGCCGGGCUCUUUCGGGGAUGACAGUCCCGAAGAGGCUCACAGAUCGCCUCCUCCACAGCAGUCGCGGAAGAACAAGGGGCUCUUCUCGAAUCUGUCUCGUCGGUUUGGCUUUGACGCUAAUGAGAACGAAGAAGCGGAAGACCAGCUUCAAAAGUUCAUUGACAAACCUCCCGAGACGCAGUCGCAGAGCAUCGCCAACCAGCCUAGCAGCAGCACGGAGAGGAAACCUGAUGAUGGGCGCGUGACCAACCCAGCGACUAUUGGACAGAACUUGCUCAACGCCAUCAACUCUACCAGAGCUCAUGACUCCAACAGCGUGUUCUCGCCACCGAGCGUCAACGAGGUGAAGGAGCAGGCCACCUACUGCGACAGCACUCCCGCGCAAAAUAUAGUUUUCGCGGCGGAGGCGUCGAACAGUAUGAAAGUCUUCGUCUCAAAGAACCUGUCCAUGGAUUCGGGUCAGUUCCUCUCGAGGAAUCAUGGUCCUAUCAACGCCUUUUCUGGUCUUCUUAGCGAGGUCGCUGGCGUUUACUCUCUUUCGCCGCGCGUUCUUCAUAUCUUUUACGACGAGUCGGGCUCUACGAUUGCAUUCAACAGCAACGGCAGUGUCUUCUGCAACUUGCGUUUCUUCUUGCAGCUCCAUGCGGAGAAGAUUCUGAGGACUCAGGCAGGCGAGGCAAAGGCCGAGGCGGCUGUGUGGUGGUGGGUAGUGUUGGCUCACGAGCUGGCGCACAACCUGGUCCAACCUCACAACUCGGACCACAGCUAUUACACUGAGUCGUUUAUCCAGCAAUACUUCGCCAAGAUGGUGAUCAAGACGGCGCAGUGGACUCAGCAGACUGCCGCGGCCCCUCCUGCCCUCCCCUCUGCAGCCUCGCAGGCUCAGUCGCAAGCCCAGCCGCCUCCAUCGUACAAUGAGAGCAAUAGACAGGUGCCGGGCAACUCCAGAUACACCUUGUUUGACUAG